GAUUUUCUGGACGCGUCUCAUUAGGUCACUUUGUAUGCUAUUAUUAGCAAACUUUCCUGCAUGCCUGCGAGAAAAGGGAAUUUUGGAGCUCCAAGAUUACCAACUCAACUGACUCAUCACUCAUAAACUUACACUUUGCAGUAAUAUACGGUAGUGACAUUUGGAGUACAAGCGAUUUUUAGAGGAUAAUUACGAGAAUAGUGCUGUGAAUCUGGAUCGACCGGACGAGUGCCACGACGAAUUUACCAACUCUCUCUUAACUGAUCCCUCCACUUCUUUGGAGUGGAGUACAGUGCAGUAGAAUUCCCUCGGCCUCGCUUCUGCCAAGUUCUGCUUCUGAAGUUCUGGCGCUGUCGUUGAGCCUCUCAGUCUCACUGUCACUGUGACUGUGUCAGUCUCUGAAUCUGAUCUGAUAUCUGUGACCUCUCUCUUGCUUUGAUUGAAGACAAUUUAUAUCCGAUACCAUUAUAAAGUCGGAGUGCACCGUUCGCGUACAGACAUGGCGGCGAUGGCGGAGGAGAAGUCCGACUCGAUGCAGUCCGUCGAGAUCCCGCCGGACAUGUUCAACCAGCUGCUCAACCACAACGGUCAGGUGGGCCUACCCAUCGGAGGCGAGGGUGAAUUUGACAGCAGCGAUCUGAUGCAGCUCCCAGUCAUGAAGGGGUUGCAAGAGGAGGAAUCCAGGCCACAUCUUAAAAUACUUGAACAACCCAGACAGCGAGGAUUUCGAUUUCGAUAUGGCUGUGAAGGUCCGUCUCAUGGUGGUCUGCCAGGUCAUAACAGCCAGCGAGGAAAAAGAUCUUUCCCUUCUGUUGAGAUUUGUAAUUACAAAGGACCUGCCCGUAUAGUUGUUUCCCUGGUAACCAGUGAAGAUACACCCCGCCCCCAUGCACAUUCUCUAGUUGGCAAGCACUGUAAGGACGGGCUAUGCACAGUGCAAGUAGGGCCCAAGGAUAUGACAGCAAGCUUCCCGAACCUGGGCAUCCUUCACGUGACGCGCAAGGACGUCGUCCCGACCCUCAAGACCCGGAUCCUGGCCCAGCAUCGGCUCUACAAAGACCUCAUCAACAUCUCCCAAGGAGAGAAUCGCUGGAUGGAGCCGUCGGACGCGGAGAUUGAGAAGAAAGCCAAGGAGAUGGCUAAAGACAUGGACCUUAGCGUCGUCCGUCUCUGCUUUCAGACGUACCUUCCGGACAGUAAGGGCCACUUCACCCAGCCUCUUGACCCGGUCAUUUCGGUGCCAGUCUUUGACAGCAAGGCACCCAACGCAACGACCCUCAAGAUCUGUCGCAUGGACAAGAGUGCAGGUUGCUGUACAGGGGGAGAGGAGGUCUAUCUGCUCUGUGAUAAAGUACAGAAGGAAGAUAUCCAGGUGAAGUUCUUUGAGAUCUCGCCGGACGGACAGAUGGUCUGGCAGAGUUUGGCCGAGUUUGGUCCGACCGAUGUACACAGACAGUAUGCAAUUGUAUUUAAAACACCAGCAUAUAAAGAUAUAAACAUCGAUAAGCCAGUGUAUGUCCACGUUCAGCUGAAGAGGAGGUCGGAUAAUGAGACCAGUGAUCCCAAACCAUUCACCUUCCAUCCUCAGGUUCCAGAUCGAGAAGGGAUCCUUCGGAAGCGGAAGAAGCACUUGGCACACUUCAAUGAAUACAGCAGUCCCUACAACCAAGGUGGUUUAGGAGGAAACAGUAGCAUGGGAGGAGCGGGAGCAGGAGGAUCAACAUCAUUCCGGUUCGACAACCCUAACAUGGGGUAUGGUGGGUCCAACUAUCAAUUCAACCAGACCAACACUUCCAGUUCACAGCCACAAUCAGGGGCGCAACAAAUCCCCAGCCACCAGUCAGGGGUUGUCGCAAACGGCAACUCGUCUCAGCAGAUGGUAUACACAACUUCAACAGGCUCACAGGGCCACCAGCCCUUGCCUAGCAUAGCAACACUGAGGAAACCCCAAGUGACACAACAGCAACAGUUUCAGGUGCAGCAACACCGGCAACAAAUGCAGCAGCAGCAGCCAGCUAGCAUGCCAGUUCAGAUGGAUUUCCAGAUGCCACCGAUGCAAAGUGCUAUGGCAGGCCAGGCCAGUGGAGAGCAUGUUAAGAUGGAGGGACAGAACAAUUACUGUAUGAGCUCAGAUGGUUUUGAGCUUGAUUCCGACAUCGUACAUGAUUGCGGUUCACCACCAGAGCUCAAGGACACCACUGUUUUGGACCUCAUCCCAAAGGGUAUAUCAAGACCCAAGGACACAGAGGAGAAAAACGUCCAAACUGAUGACAUCACAAUUGACAGUGAUUCAAUGGCGUGGCAUGUUGCCCAGGUAACGGCCAAUGCUCUUCAUGACUAUGCAGCGUCAGGUGACAUCAAAACGAUCCUCACGGUGCAGAGGCAUCUUAUUGCGGUCGAGGAUGAUAAUGGCGACACACCUCUUCAUGCUGCCAUUAUCAAUAAGAAAUAUGAUGUGACGCAUGCCCUCCUAUCCGCUGUGAUCAAGAUUCCAGAUCAGACCAUUGUUAAUCAGACCAACCAUAUGAAACAGACUCCCCUGCACCUGGCCGUUAUCACCAAACAAGCCAAGAUGGUGGAGGUGCUCAUGCGAUGCGGUGCUAACCCCAACCUCCAGGACCACGAGGGGAACACCCCACUCCACCUGGCCACCAGGACCGGUAUGACGGAGGGCAUCAAUUUCCUGGUUCACGGCCCCAAGGCCAAGGCGGCCGUCCAGCCGAUCAAAGCCGAUGUUAACCCAACCAACUAUGAUGGCCUGGCACCGAUUCACUUGGCUGUCAUCUCAAAGAACUUCGAUGUUCUUAAGAUGCUUGUGUCUGCAGGGGCAGAUGUAAACAUACCUGAUGGCAAGACUGGCCGGACAGCCGUCCACUACGCCGUCGAGGUGGAGAGCUUCCUGAUCCUGGGGUACCUCCUCAUCGAGGCCAAGGUCGACGUCGAUGCCGUCACUUUCUCCGGUGACUCCGCCCUUCACCUGGCCAGCAGCCUUGACCUCCGGGCUAUGGCCACGCUCCUCAUAGCAGGAGGAGCCGACCCGAAGCUGGAGAAUGGCGACAUGGAAGACGACAGUGAUGGUGAGGAGGAUGAAAAGGACGAGGAGAAGGAUAAAGAGGAGGAGGAGGAGAAGAUGGAGAAGCAUGGGAAAACGCCUUAUCAGCUGGCUAGUAGCGCAAAGAUGAAAGAAAUCUUGUCCGGACAUAUGACAAGGAAAAUAAGCUCAGAUGAUUAUGACUACAUUGAGACUCGAAGCACCACCAGUUCCAUCGGGUCCAUCCAGUCCGAGGACCAUGCAAAAAUCAAUAGCUGGGACCAAGGGUACUUUUCGGAGAAGGUCAACUCCUUCUCGGGCCUGGAACUGAAGCGAAUGUGGCCCAGAGUGAAAAGCCGAAUGCUAGGAAGCUCACUGAUCACAUCUAAAGGAGAUAUUGGCCUGUUGUCAGAAACCACUGUUGAGAAGCUUGCGUCCAUGUUAGAUGAGAACUAUCCAACCACUCAGAGCUGGUUCACCCUAGCCAAUCGACUCGGACUCUCGAACAUGCUUGACUUCCUCAAACACGUCCCCAGCCCAACUGCAGUUAUCAUCAAACAGUUUGAGGCUAUGGAUGGUACAAUCAAAGAGCUGCGAGAUGUCCUGUCAUCGAUGAAUCACUUUGAAGCCGUGACCUUACUAGAUCAAGCCAUCUCUUGGAGGCAAGAGAAAGUUGAAGAGGUUCAGAGGUACAGUUCAAUGCAUCAGUCUUUGGCAACGAUGAAUUUAUCCGACGGUCAUCAGCUUCAACAUCAAGCCGUUCAUUGAGACGUACAUCCUGUCCAACGUUACGAUUGAGUUGCUACACAAUAUGCGAUCCGAGACUAGAACCCAAUUUCUUUAGCAAAUCACCUUUUGCAUUUAAUAUGAAAGUACAACAAGGGAAUUACUUGAAGUUCUGAAUAAUGCCAGGAAUGCUUAAAUCAAGAAUCUGCUUUGCUGCAAGCCCUGUGGUAGGAGCAAAGUGAAUGCAGCUUAUAGCAAACUUGUGACGACACCUCUACAAUUUGGUUUGAAAUGACCUGUAUUUUCAGUUUUUUUUUUACAUAUCUUUAUUGGAUAGUAGAGGAUUUUCGUCAAACCAUCAGCAAUAUAUUUCCUUUAUUUUUUUUCUGCUUCUGAUAAAACAUCCUUAUCAUUAGGGUGAAUUUAUGCUUUUAUUGUUCAAAAUACUGCUGUUUUGUUUGCUAGGUUGGCAUUUCUAAGUUUGUGAAUUUAAGCAGACAACUUUUUGUUGGUCAUACUUAUUAAAUGAAAUGUGCUUUGAAUGCUGUAAAAGAGACAUUCGUUACCUCACUUGUGAUGUUCACUUAAGAUAGUGAAAAUAUAAAUUUUAAACUGAAAAUGUACAUUGUAGAAAGUUUAUCAGAGAUUUUAAGAAUUUACUGGAAGAACGAAUCAUUGAUCUUAUCCUGUUUAUGCUUAUAAUAAAAUUUAGCUUAGUGUACAUGUUGCACAAAUUUUAGACAUGUAGAAUAGGGAAAGUUGUAGCUCUCAAGCGAUAAGGAAAAAUUAGUAAGAACUUUUCCCCAUUUUUUGCAUUUUCACGGCUUGGGAGUGGGGACAAUUAUUUGUACGAUGAUCUCCAUGUAUGAAUUUCCUUUGAUUUUCUCUUUGAGCUGCAGGUCAAACUCCUUAAUGGAAAUGUUUAUUUUUUUUGUAAAAGAUGUUAUUUAACAAAUUCUUUUUAGAAUCCAGUGGAUAUUAUUUCUUUAUCUGAUACUUAAAUUGGAGAUUUUGUAAUGUUUACUGUUUGUAUCAUUUGUUGAAAUGUAAUUUCAAGACAGUUUCUAAAAAUUGAAUUUAAUUUUUUGAUAGUAGGGAAGGAAAUUGAUAAAUGAUGAUCGAUGUAUAAUAACUUGCCAAAACAAAUUACAUUGCAUAUAUAUUUAACAUUGUGUAAUGCAUGGAGAGAUAAGAAAUCAUGAAAUUUUCAGUUUGAAAAUCUUAUCCUGUGGCCCUUUGGCAGAAAGAGUUGCAAUGGAUCGUCUCAUUCGCAAAUUGAUUUUCAACCAAUCCAAAUCGUGCAUUGGGUCUUGCGCUUGAUAUUCAAAGUUAAAGUUUUAAUGCAACUCUAUCUGCUAUAUGCCCCAUGUAGUAAUAUGCAAAAUAUUUUGAAGAGUAGAAUUGUAAAAGUCUACCUUGACUUGUAAAUCAAUCUUGAAAGGUUGUGCAUUAAUAGCAACCGAUAUGUGAUAAAUAUGUAAAUAAUUAUAAAUGAUAUGACGUUCGUUGACAAGGUCUUUUACAAGAUGAAAUGUUAAAGCAGUACUAUUGAGGUUUUGGGAGAGACUUGUUUAAAUUCCAAUCUAUUAUUCUGUUUUUAUUUGUUUCGUCGUGUAAUAUAUAGUGCAUUUCAACUUUUGUUGUUGCUUGCUUUUUGUUAUGGAUUGAAAUACAUGUUAUGUAUGAAGUAUAUUAUGACAAAUCAAUGUAUAUAGUUGUACUUUUAGAGCUCCAAUCAUGAUCUUUGUGUAUGAUGGUAUAAAGUAAAUAUGAGAGAAAACUGCUUAAAUUGAAAUAAGAGAUAUUGUUUAUUAAAAGCUGCAUUAUAUCAUUUUCCCUUCCCGAUUGAUAUUAAUGAUGAUAGUAUAAUCAUUAUGAAUGAUAUCAGGCAUUUAUAUUGCACCUUUUGUCUGAGGGGGAAAAAAAUCCAAGCCACACUUUUAUUACCCAAGAUUUAGCUUGAGCUGCUGCCAGAGCUCAGCUGAAUUGUCCAGAUUACAUAAUUAUAAUAAUAGUAAAUUUUUAUAUAGCGCUUUUCCCAGAAUGGCUCGUAGCGCGUUACAGCAUAUUAUUACCUCGGUCAUUGGAUUAAUUUCAAUCCCGCAAGAAAAGUGCACAAUUUCCACUCCCUGGGGAGCAUUCCUUGCAUUCAUCGCAGCCUCAUUAUGGCGCUGGCAAAUUCAAACACAAUAUCUUUUGCAUCCUACCGGGAUGCCGGUACAUGCCUUCCUUCAAGAGAAUCUUCUGUUUAUAAAGUAAAUGCACACAGCCAACUAGGGAACUGAAUGAAUAUGUUUGUCAACAGAUAUAUAACGUUAAUAUAUCUAUAUUUGUUAAUGAAAUUAUAUUAAGACAUUCAUUUACAUGUAUAAAUAUGUUUAAUUUGGUUUUUGAAUGCCUUUGUAUUUACAUGUAAAUGGACAUACUAUUUUUGCUGUUACCGGGUUUCGUAAGGUAUGUCGGUGAAUGCAUGUGUGAGUUAAAUUCAAAAUUAAGUUUUAUGUAAAUAGUGAAAUUGAGUUUCUGGAACCUUCUGUAUACAUAGCAUCUAUACAAUACUGUGUAAGGCCUUUAUGGAAUGAUAUCAUUUAAAUGCAUUUCCACUUACAUGCUAUUGAAUAAGUAAUGUUUAUGUGUGUUUUUAUAAACAUUACAUUCUCGAUUUCAGACAUUCGUGUACAAUUUUUUUUUUAUUAAUAUUUUAAAAAGCCUUAGUGGUUUAUUAUCCUAUAUUGAUGCACCUAAUUCAGUAACAUUAAUUUGAAAAAUAUGUUAAGCUAAAAUUGAAAUAUAAUCGGAACAAAUAGGCCGCCAUCAACUACAAGCUUAACCGCUCACGAUGGCGGUCUCCUGCGUUCAUUUGUUUAUGCUGCUUUUUAUUAUCAUCCUAAUGUGAAGUAUAUGCCCAAACCAUUUUUUUCUAAUUAUGUAAUGUGAAGUAUAUACCCAAACCAUUUUUUUUCUUCUAAUUAUUAUGUUUAUGUUGUAAACAUUAUGGAUUGUUUUAUAUAUUGCAAACAAUGUAAAUAAUUUUUUAUAAUGUAUUGUGAACGCAGAAAUAAAAUAAAACAAACAAACAAACAAAUAUUAUUUAAGAAAAAAUUCAAGAGAUGAGGUAAGGUUGCUUUGAAACCUUGAGAAAUAUGUUCAUUUCAGAAUAGGGCAUUAGUGUUUAUGAUGAACAUGCAAAUGGCAUACAUACAUUGAUAUUAGCAAUGUGUUAAUAAAGAAGUGGAAAUUAUGAUUUUUCUCUGAGGGAUGCAUGUUAUCAUGUCAUAUAAAUCCACAUCUGGGGUGAUUUUCUUGGAUGUUUGUUUGUAUAUAUAUUUCCUCUAUGUGAUCAGUUAAUUUUUUUUAAAGAAAGCUAUGCUGAUUUGUAAAGUUGAUACUCUGUAACUUGAGAUUAAAGGCUUGAGAAAAAAACUA